GAUGAAUUUUGUCAGCAUUUGGUGGUCAGCCGCCAUGUGAGAUAGAAGUGUACGGGGUGUCUGUGAAAAUAAUUUUGAAAAGCGAAGCUAAAUAUCAAGUUGGUUUCAAAUAAGGAGAUUUUCAGGUUACCACGUUUUCUGGAUACAAUUAGCGUGCUUUGCUGCAGUCGUAGCUGUAAUCUUUAGAUACAAAGAAUUGUAAGAGCACUCGCUAAAAUCCACCGUUUCCGAAAUGUCGUCGCCGUUACUGGAUCCCAGUUUGGUGGAGAAGGCUAUUGGAUUCCACGGAUUGCCCCUGCAAAAAAUUUGGGAUGGCGAGCGUGGUGAAAUGGAUCUAACACAGCUCGGUAUCAUCAAUCCGAAUUUUGUCGUCUAUCAGUCCAGGCAGAAAACAUUUACCUUUCAUGAUCGCGCGAAGCGCUUCAAGUUGCACCAAUUUUUGUCGAAAAAAGCCGACCAGUUGUAUGAUAAAACACUGGUUGUGCCCGUAACUAAAGAUCGGGUAACAAGAACACGGCCAGGAGAGUAUCAACAGUAUGAUCAAUUCAUGAUACCGCCAAUAGACGCGAUGAUGGAAAUUGACACGACAGAAAAAAUAAAUCACUUUCUAGAGACAGUCAGACCAGGAGACGUUGUCUACGGUUUAGUAUUAAACAAGGCACCGCAAGGAAUCAUUUUUAAGGUUCUUUUUUCCAUGGGAAACACCUGCUGUUUCGUGAAUACCGGUCAAAUCAAGGCUUACGUUGGCUCCAACUAUUUAGCUCAAGCUUUUGAUCGUGCCGGUGCACCCCGCAAUUUUGCUGCCAACGAUUUGGUUUGCUGUGAAGUUAGCGACGCCAAACCCGACGCCAGGAAGCUUGUCUGUACGAUGCAACGUACGGCCAUCAGUCGCGCCCCAGAUUCGAUCAAAUACGGUCUGAUUAGCCCAGAAGAUUUGCCAGUGCCGUACACCCUAGCAGCAGUCAAGGAGCCGAAAUCAUACGAACACUAUCUUAAAAAGUCGGUUUCAUUCAACGAUCCUCGUGGUUUGGAGAGUUUGAUGAAAGAACUUGGUCUCAGCAGUACCGAAUUCUACACCAAUAUGUCCAGUCUGAAAGGGAAAUUCCCGACACAGGAGUACGCAGGGGAACUGCGCAAUGCUCAAGCAAGUAAAUGGGCCUUCCGCUCUGUUGCUGAAGGUAUCGAACACUUCAAAGAAGGUCGGCAUGCGGAGGCAUUCCAAUGUCUCAACAAAGCUCUUAGCAUCGAUGCGCGUAACGUCGAAGGAUUGGUUGCUCGUGGGGCCUUGUACGCUAACAGUGGUUCUUUCAAGAAGGCAGUGGACGAUUUCGAAACGGCGCUAAAAAUCAACGCAACACAUGCUAACGCACGGAAAUAUUUAGGAGAAACACUUGUGGCUCUCGGGCGUAGCUAUGAGGAGGAAACGCGCUUCGAGGAUGCACGAAAGGCGUACACCGAUUGUCUCAAUAUCAUUCCACAUCAUGAGGAAGCUCAGAACUCUUUGGAUGCCCUUAAAACGAAAGCAUUUCCCAAGCAAAUAGUGGCUCCAAACGAGCUCGAACUCCCAGCUCUCAAUAUUCCGAAAUCAAGUAACCACAAACAGGAACCCGAUACGUCUAAACGCGAUGGUUCCGAGUCGCGAAAGGACAAAAAAAGCAGUAAAAAACACGAGAAAAAGCGCAAACACAAGAAGCGUCAGAGCAGUUCCAGUGAGUCCAGCUCGAAUAGUUCCGAUUCAAGUGAUUCGAGCAGCGAUUCGGACAGCAGCAGCAGCUCCUCGUCGUCCAGCUCAGAUUCGUCACGAUCGUCGGCUCCUAAGAAGCGCAACAAACGGAGCAAGAGCGUUAAGAAACAGAAAUCCUUGUCCCCGCUCAGCAAACGUAUGUCGGCCGCAAUGGGCAACGACAUCCGAGGAGGCAAUGGGCCAUUUUCGUUCGGGAAUCAACAAACGUCCGGUGCAGCAGAUGACUAUGAGCAGAAGGUUCGUAAAUUCCUCGAUAUGCCCCGCGAUGAGGACGAUUAUGAGGACAAAGUUCGUCGCUUUGUAGCCGAAGCGACCAAAUACCAGAAGGAGCGAAAGGCUCAGGAAGAAAAAACUAAGAAGGAGAAAAAGAAAAAAGAAAAAAAGGCUAAGAAAGAGAGUAAGAAGAAGCGCAAAUCAGAAGACAAGAAAAAAUCCAAGAAGAAGGAUAAAGAAGAUGUGCUGAACAACGAUAAGCUUAAAGAAGCUUUAAAGAUUUUCGAGAAAUUCCCCGUUUUGGACGAGUUAGGCUCGAAGCUGUCGCAGUACUACACCAAGAAGGACAAUCCUGUAGCCGGUCCCAGUGGAAUGGCAACGGUGCUCUCCUCAUUACUCACUAAAGGUAGUUCCAAAAGAGAGUUGGCUAAGAUAGAAAAAAAUAAUGAAGAACUAAAAGCCAAACCUCAGGAAGCUCCAAAGGCGAAAGAUGGCAAAUGGCGCAUGAUGUUCAACAAAGACGAACGAACUAAAGAGCCCCCACCAACAAAACCCUUCGUUCCGAAACAAUAUGCUUUUGCCAAUGAUUCUGAAGAAGAAAGUGCAUCAUUUCCGGUACAACAAACUCAACCACAGCAGCUGCAGCAAAAAACUAAUCGCAGGUACGAUGAGGAUAAAGUUAGAAAACGGCCUCAUAGCCCAGAAAAGUCAAAACCGACGGUAUCGCAAAUGGCUCCCGUCAAAUCAGGUCCGGUUGUUUUGGAUAAAUUUGGAAAUUUCAGGUUAGCAAACGCGGAUGAUGCCAGCAAACCACCGGAACCGGCAGGACCACCCCAGCGAUCGCGGAGUCGUUCUAGGGGCCGUAGAGAUGAAAGCUCCAGCCAAUCACGUUCGCCGAGUACACGUAGACGAUCUCGGUCAGGAAGCUUCCGGCGUCGAUUCAGUCGAUCAGGAUCACGUUCGUUCAGUAGAUCCCGUUCCCGAUCGUACUCCAGAAGUCGAUCUCGUUCUCGUAGUCCUGAGCGAAGGCGCUUUGUGGAGCGUAGAUUCUUUCGCGGUCGUGGUUAUUACCAUAAUAAUCGACCAUACGGAAGAUUUAUGCAUCGCGGAGGGUUCAUGAAUCGACGUGGCGGUUUCCGAGAUUACCAUAACUAUAGGGAUGGUUAUGAUCACCGUGGAGGAUAUCGUCCUCCUUUCCGUCAUCGGUUCCAAAGAAGAUUCCAAAGGUCAUUCAGCAGAAGCAACAGCAAAUCCCCGGAUCGAAUGGACAGCCCCAACAAUCGCGAUAGGUCCAAGUCAAAAGAGCGCGAUUCUUACAGAGACAGAAAAAAUGAUAAAAAUAAAGAUGGAUCUGUGGAGGUAGAAUCCUCCAAUGUCGUUUAUAUAACGGAUGAUGUAGAAGGGCGUUGGGCUGAAGACAAGCCUAGCAAGGAUCCACCUCCUCCAGGGGCCGAAGACUCUUCUAACGAUGAUAUAGAUAGUAUGCUGGAUAAGGCUCGGAAGGAUAAAAAAGAAGGACUAGCUUAGAGGUUUGAUGACCAGUGUUUUAUUUUCAUCAUAUAACUUUCCCCUUUUCAGCGGUAAGAGUGUUUAAAGUAACUCCAGACGGUAAAAAAUUUCUAGCAUAACAAACAAUAAUUAUGCUGCAUAUUUCCAAGUUAUAAACUACUACAUCUGCAAAUAAAACCUAUGAACGAUUAA